AUGUUAUAAUUUAAUAGUAUUUAGUUGCUGCUAUUAGUUUUAGCAGUUACUACAUAUAGUAAUGAAGUUUUUGAAACUAAUACGAUGAUACCUAUUAGUGUCAUAGCCUAAAUUAGAAAUACAGAAUUUAAGGAUCAAACAUUUUAAAAUUAAUUGUUAGAUAAUCAAAAUGAAGUUAGUGAUGAUAAGUAUUAAUGAAUACUAUUCAGUCUAGAAACGAAGUCAAUAAUUUAUUUUUGAUUGAACCAUCUAAAAAAUCAUUAAAAGUUUUUUCAUAGAAGUCAUUAUUAGUAGAAAAUUAACCAGAAGAAGUUCAAAAAGAAUCAUCUCAAUAAAAUGAAUAAAUAUUAUCAUAGGAAUAGAAAGAUCAAUAAAACAAGAUUUCAAUAAAAGUUAAUAAGAAAUUAAUGAAGGAUACAGAAAUUUCAUAAGAAAAUAAUAUAGAAGAGUAGCAUAUUUUAGAAAAAGAAGAACUUUAACCAAUUUAAAAUGAUAAGAUACCCAUAAAAAUAUCAUAAGAAAAAUAAGAGAUUGAAAAUAAUGAUGAGAAUGAAAUAACCAUUUAAGAUAUUAAAAUAGAAUCUAUUCAUAAAGAGCCUAUAUCUAAAAUAGAAGAGAAUAAAUCACAAAAUGAGGAUGUUAUCAUUAUUAAAAUAGAUGAAGAAAUUAAAGCGACUCCACGAAUUUUUGGAAUAUUAGAUAAUGAUUCAAUUAAAUAAGAAANCCUAUUGAAACUAGGAUUAACAGAAAUUUAAGGAUCUCUUAUUUAUAUGAUAAAUUUCAAUCACAAAAGGAUUACCUGA